GUUAGGGCUCCGCAAUCAGUUUAGUUUCACGAUUGAGAAAGAAUUAAAAUCAAAUUCGUAAGAAAACGAAAUAAUCUCCUAAUAUGGCAAGUGACAAGAAGGCCGGAAAAUCUUCAACGAAGGGAGGAAAAUCUAACGAGGAGAUAUUCGCCGGUUUUCAAACACUCCGAAGUGAACAGAGAGUAAUGGCAAGUAAAUUGUCAGAAAUGGAACUGGAGCUGAACGAGCACAAGAUCGUUAUAGACACCCUGAAAAAUGUUGAUCCUGGAAGAAAAUGCUACAGAAUGAUCGGUGGAAUUUUGUGCGAACGUACUGUCCAGGAAAUAACUCCUACGUUGAUAUCGAACAAGGAACAGCUGACCAAAGUGAUCGAGACGCUAAACGAACAGCUAGCUAAAAAAGGAGCAGAAAUAAACGAUUACAAAGAAAAACAUAAUAUAAGAAUCCGUGGACAAGAUGAAUUGCAGCAGCCCGAGGAAGAAGACAAACAGGCCAAGAGAAAUGCAAUUGUUGUGAAUCCCAUUGAAGUCUGAUGCCGAUUAUUCAUCGUCUAUCAAAACCCGCCAUCCGUCAGCUCCUCUCCCAAUUCUCGAAUCGAUAUUUUUAUUUUCGUACAAGAUAAGUAUUCAUCAUAUUUAUCUGAUACUGAUUAUUGCCUGUCCGAAUGAGUGUUAGUCAGCGGAAGCUGAGACGUUCAUAAAAUAAAAGUUCAUUUUUUUAUA